AUUGGGGGACUGUGUUUUCCUCCUUCUCCAAUGGGCGGCCGUGAAGCGUCUCGCCCAAUCUGCUCGCGCCGGCGCGCCGAACUUUCGGUUGUUUUUGUUUUGGCCCGAGCCGAGUUUCCUGUCGCUCCAGCGAGCCUGUCGCUCUCCGGAGAGAACAUUGAAAUUACUCUCUAAGCUAUCUGAAGAAAGUGACUAAAUGCUCCUGGGUCAGGCCGUCUGUGGGCAUGAAGUGGUUGGGAGACGCCGAGAACAUGGUGGUGAAUGGCAGGAGAAAUGGAGGCAAGCUGUCUAAUGGCCACCACCAGAGUCAGCCAAAACUGCAGCACUCCAAGGACACCCUGAAGACAGGCAGAGGCGCCGUUGAGAGGCGGUCCAACAGAUGUCAUGGUAACUCAGGAUUUGAAGGGCAGAGUCGCUAUGUGCCAUCCUCUGGAAUGUCCGCCAAGGAGCUCUGUGAGAACGACGACUUAGCAACCAGUUUGGUUCUUGAUCCCUAUUUAGGUUUUCAGACACACAAAAUGAAUACUAGCGCCUUUCCUUUGAGGAGCUCCAGACAUAUUUCAAAAGCUGACGGUUUUUCUCACAACAACCCUGUGAGAUUUCGGCCUAUUAAAGGAAGGCAAGAAGAGCUAAAGGAAGUAAUUGAACGCUUUAAGAAAGAUGAACACUUAGAGAAAGCCUUCAAAUGUUUGACUUCAGGUGAAUGGGCACGGCAUUAUUUUCUCAACAAAAACAAAAUGCAGGAGAAAUUAUUCAAGGAACAUGUCUUUAUUUACUUGCGAAUGUUUGCGACUGACAGUGGAUUUGAAAUAUUGCCCUGUAAUAGAUACUCUUCAGAACAAAAUGGAGCCAAGAUAGUUGCAACAAAAGAGUGGAAACGAAAUGACAAAAUAGAAUUACUGGUGGGUUGUAUUGCCGAACUUUCAGAAAUUGAGGAGAACAUGCUACUUAGACACGGAGAAAACGACUUCAGUGUCAUGUAUUCCACAAGGAAAAACUGUGCUCAACUCUGGCUCGGUCCUGCUGCAUUUAUAAAUCAUGAUUGCAGACCUAACUGUAAGUUUGUGUCAACUGGUCGAGACACAGCAUGUGUGAAGGCUCUGAGAGAUAUUGAACCUGGAGAAGAAAUUUCUUGUUACUAUGGAGAUGGGUUUUUUGGAGAAAAUAAUGAGUUCUGCGAAUGUUACACUUGUGAAAGACGGGGAACUGGUGCUUUUAAAUCCAGAGUAGGACUGCCUGUGCCUGCUCCUGUUAUCAAUAGCAAAUACGGACUCAGAGAAACAGAUAAACGUUUAAAUAGGCUUAAAAAGUUAGGUGACAGCAGCAAAAAUUCAGACAGUCAGUCUGUCAGCUCUAACACUGACGCAGACACCACUCAGGAAAAAGACAAUGCAACUUCUAACCGAAAAUCUUCAGUUGGUGUAAAAAAGAGCAGCAAGAGCAGAACCCUGACCAGGCAGUCCAGGCCAAGAGUCCCAGCUGCUUCCAACUCUACCUCACCUAAGCUAGCGCACAUGAACAACUCCAGGGUACCAAAGAAACUGAGACAGCCGGCAAAGCCUUUACUUUCCAAGAUCAAACUGAGGAAUCACUGCAAGCGGCUAGACCAGAAGAGCACAUCACGGAAGCUGGAGAUGGGGAGCUUAGUACUGAAGGAGCCUAAAGUCGUGCUAUAUAAAAAUUUGCCACUUAAGAAAGAGAAGGAGCCAGAGGGACCAGUCCAUGCUGCAGUGGGGAGCGGGUGCUUGACUAGACACGCGGCAAGAGAACACAGGCAGAACCCUGGGCGAGGUGCUCACUCGCAGGGCGACGGUUUGCCCUGCACCUACACAACCCGGCGCUCUUUGAGGACAAGGACAGGUCUGAAGGAGACCACUGACAUCAAGCUUGAACCAAGUCCCUUGGAUGGCUAUAAAAAUGGCAUUCUGGAACCCUGCCCAGACAGUGGCCAGCAGCCAACCCCAGAGGUGCUGGAAGAGCUGGCUCCUGAGACUGCACACGGGGAGGAAGCAUCCCAAGAGUGUUCCAAGAGUGACCCCUUCCCGUCACGAAAGAAAUUUCGGCAAGGGAAACCCAUGAAACACUUAGCAAAGGCAGAGGACUGCAGUCCAGAGCACAGCUUCCCUGGGAAAGAUGGGCUGCCUGAUUUGCCAGGGCCCCAUCCUGACCAGGGUGAGCCCAGUGGCACAGUCGGGGUGCCUGUGAGCUACACAGACUCUGCUUCCUCGCCCGUUGGCUGCUCCAUUGUCACACCUGACAGCUUCACAACAAAAGAUAGUUUCAGAACUGCACAAAGUAAAAAGAAGCGGCGGGUCACCAGGUACGAUGCACAGCUGAUCCUGGAGAACAGCUCCGGGAUCCCCAAGCUGACACUUCGCAGGCGGCAUGACAGCAGCAGCAAGACAAAUGACCACGAGGGUGAUGGUGUGAACUCCUCAAAAAUCAGCAUCAAGCUCAGCAAAGACCAUGAAAGUGACAGCAACCUCUACGUCGCAAAGCUCAGUAAUGGGGUUAGCUCGGGCUCAGGUGGCAGCUCUACCAAGCUCAAGAUCCAGCUCAAGCGGGAUGAGGAGAGCAGGGGGCCAUAUGCUGAGGGGCUUCGUGAGAAUGGGGUAUGCUGCAGCGACCCCCUCUCCCUGCUGGAGUCCCAGAUGGAGGUGGAUGACUACAGUCAGUAUGAGGAGGACAGCACGGACGACUCUUCAUCUUCUGAGGGGGAGGAAGAGGAGGAGGACUGUGAGGAUGACUUCGAUGAUGACUUCAUCCCUCUUCCUCCCGCAAAGCGGCUGAGGCUAAUUGUAGGUAAAGACUCCAUAGAUAUCGACAUUUCCUCAAGGAGAAGAGAAGAUCAGUCUCUGAGGCUGAAUGCAUAAGCGCUCACUCGUCGUCCUGGGGAACUAAAAAGUGAAAAUCCCAGCCACGCUUCUCAGCGCAGCACUUCUUUGUCUCUUCCCCUUAGGCAUAAUACUGUAGAAAGUGUACAGCAUCCGACUCUCAAGUCUGACUUGUGCAAAUUUUUAUCGUACUUUUUAAAUAGCCUUCUUACGUGCAAUUCCGAGUUAGAGGGAAAGCUCUGUUGUAAGAUAGAGGCUCUAGCAAACUCUGAGUGACAGCAGCUCCCCACAGAGGACCUGACACUAAUGUGGUUGCACCAUGUUGUCACCUAUAAGAGCAAGCGCCAACCCUCUUCCGUAGAUGACUAAGCCGUAGUUAGGGCGGAGCAGAGCAGCCUCUUGGGAAGGGUUUCCAGCAUCCGCUCCUAUCACCAGCAACGACCUCUGGCUUUUGGUUUAUUUGCUAGAUGUUUCCCCCUUGGAGUUGUGUUGGUUUCACACUGUUUACCGGCCCAGGUGUCCUGUCCGUGGCCUUUGUUAUCAUAGCAGACCAUUGGCUGGAAGUCAGAUUGAUUUCUUUGAAGAAAAAAAAAAAAUUAAAUUAAAAUGCAGUCUUCUGUGUGACAGCUCACGAGGCUGGUGGUGUGCAGGAUGAGUUUUCAGAGCAGCUUAUUUAUUGCUUGUCAUGUAAAUUAAAGACAGUGUAUUUAACACUUUUCAAUCCUUUUAGAUAAAAUUGUUCUUUGCAAGAA